GAAGGAGAGGCUCUUAAGAUAGGGGCCUCUCAGGGACUGGGAGGAAGCCUGUCAGCCCACAUCCCUAUAAAUGGUGCUCUCCACUCUGACUUGGAGGCAGAAAUCCACCAAGACGGAAGCCUGUGUGUGGCAGGAGAAGCAGCUGGGACAGGAGCCAUGUUGCUGUGCACUUUGGCCCUCACCCUCACCUUGAUGGCAGUUUCUGGCAUCAUGAGCAAUGGGACAGAAGUCUGUGUUGGAAGCCCGGGUAUCCCUGGCACUCCUGGAUCCCAUGGCUUGCCAGGCAGAGAUGGGAGAGAUGGUGUCAAGGGAGACCCUGGACCUCCAGGUCCCAUGGGCCCUCCAGGAGGAAUGCCAGGUCUCCCUGGGCGUGACGGGUUGACUGGAGCCCCCGGUGUCCCUGGAGAGCGUGGAGACAAGGGGGAGCCUGGUGAAAGGGGCCUUCCAGGAUUUCCAUCUUAUCUAGAUGAGGAUCUCCAAACCAUGCUUCAGGAAUUCAGGCAUCAAAUCUCGCAGUCAAUGGGAGUCCUCAGCUUGCAGGGGUCCAUGCUGGCAGUUGGAAAGAAGAUCUUCUCCACCAAUGGGCAAUCGGUCAACUUUGAUGACAUUAGUGAGUCUUGUGCCAAAGCAGGUGGCAACAUUGCUGCCCCAAGGAAUCCAGAGGAGAAUGAGGCCAUUGCAAGCAUUGUGAGGAAGUACAACACUUAUGCCUACCUGGGCCUGGUUGAGAGCAACACUCUUGGAGACUUCCGUUACCUGGAUGAGACCCCUGUGAACUAUACCAACUGGUAUCCCGGGGAGCCCAGGGGUCGGGGCAGAGAUAAGUGUGUGGAGAUGUACACAGAUGGGACUUGGAAUGAUAAGAACUGCCUGCAGUACCGUUUGGCCAUCUGUGAGUUUUGAGCAGACAUUUAGGCCACAGGGUAGACAGGAUCCUGCAUGGCAGCCUCCAUCAAAAUUUAUUUUUAAAUUUAAAUUUCAACAAAAUGUAUUUGUGAUUAUUAGAUCCAAAGGCACUCUUAAUCACUUCAUUCCCCAGAUGGUUCCUAACUCUUCUCCUAUAAUCACUAAUCCUUGACACUGCCCUGGGAGCCCCUUCUCAGCACUGCAACUUAGAUAUCCUCCACUCCCGACCUUGAACUUCACUAUGAGACGGAGAUGGAGAACAAUUUGUUCUUCAUCUUCUCCAGUUUUUUUCAUUUAUAAAUGGCAACCAUGAGGCCUCAAGUUAGAAAAAUCCUCUAAAAUCACAGAGUGCCUGCUUCCUGCUCCUCUAAUCUUCCCCUGAAACUUUCCCCUUUCCCAGUCCCAUGAAAAUUUAGAAAUCUUGGUUAAACACAGUGAUAAAGAUAGACUUCCAGAAAAUUACAAAUGUGAGGAGCUAAGGUCACCUUCAGGAUUACUCAGCACCCUGGUUCUCUGGGGCAUACCUGCUCUCUUCCAUGAGGCUAGAGAGCCAGAGGGUGGCCCAGCAUGGAGCUGAUAGAACUUAGUCUUCCAGAUUGGUAAUCACUCCCUUGAGUUUUAGGGUUCCUGCUCAACCACUGAUCAACAGAAACCAGCCUAGGCCUCUAAUGAAGAACCUUCCCACCCCAGGCCUGACCAAAGUAGCUUCCUGCUGAUCCCCACCUCACCUCAGAUCUCCAUGAGGCAUUUACACUAUCAACCCCAGCACUGGCUCUGCUUUCUUCUUUAAUUUCAUUUAAUCAGGAUUUCAUUAAAAUCAACUGUGCAUAAAA